AUGGAUUUGUCUUGUGGUGAGAACAUCGAAAACUCAGGGAACCGGAGCAGCGGCAGGGCUGACGUAUGUGUGGCUGGACCGGACCGUGCGCUAGAUCGUGAUCCCAGGGUGUUGAUGAAUUUGAUGGCACUAGAAAGAGCCCAUUCCCUUCACACGGACUACUUCCAGAAUGUACAAAUUGAUAUUCAGCCAUUUAUGAGAAAGGUGGUCACUACAUGGAUGUUGGAAGUGUGCGAAGAGCAGCAGUGUGAGGAGCAGGUGUUCCCAUUGGCAGUGAGCUAUAUGGACCGGUUCUUGGCGCAGCGUGCUAUUUCUCGUCAGCAGCUGCAGUUACUAGCGGUCACUGCGCUGCUGCUCGCAUCCAAGUUCCGACAAUGUCAUCCGCUCUCGGUGGACCUGCUGUGCGCCUACACCGACAAUUCUGUUUACCCCCACGAAGUCAGGCAAUGGGAAGUUAUGCUUUUGCAACGACUGAAUUGGCAGUUGUCGAUUGCAACAGCGUUCGAUUUUGUGGAGCCGUUCCUUGCUCGUGUGCCUUGGGGCAGGACCAAUCCUUUAGUGCGCACACACGCUCUAACUCUUACCUCGAUCUGCUAUACAGAAACUGAAUUUCUUCUCGUGCCACCUUCACUAGUCGCGGUAGCUUGCUUAAGCGCUGCGGCGCGUGGUCUGCGCGUACGCAUGUCUAUUAACGAUUUGUGUGCGUUGACAAGCACGCCGCCCGCUGCAGCCGAGCUGGUCGCGAGACACGUGGAGAGAGUACUAGCUCGCGAGACUCAGCCACAAGAGCCGAGGACGAGACACGUGCAACCUCAUAAACCGACCACUUCGGAUCAAACACAGCUACCUGAUACACCCACCGAUGUUCAAGAUGUGCAUUUCUAG